CGGCUCCCGGCUCUCGGUGAAGCGCGCCCGGCUUCCCCGGCUCGCCGCAGCCCUUGCCCGCGCCCUCGCGGGAGCUUCGUGCCCUGGCCCGGCUCGUUCUCCGAGGGGCUCGGGGGCGGCCAGAGCUGCCUGCAUGACACUCCGGCGGGGAGAAAAGACCACCAUCAGCAUCCAGGAGCAUAUGGCCAUUGACGUGUGCCCGGGUCCCAUCAAGCCCAUCAAACAAAUCUCCGACUACUUCCCCCGCUUCCCCCGGGGGCUCCCGACGGCAGUCAGCCGGACCGGCUCCCUGCAGGCUGGGGGCAGCCAAGCCUCGGUCAGCCCCUCCGACCCCCCCAGGGACGACGAAGAGGAUGUGGACCAGCUGUUUGGUGCCUAUGGCCCCAGCCCUACCCGACAGCGGCAGCCCCCACCCCAGCCCCAGCCCCAGCCGGGUGGCAGCGGCAGCGGCGGCGGCAGCGGCGGCAGCAGCAAGCCGGAGGAAGACUUAGACGGGGAGGGCUACGAGUCGGACGACUGCACUGCCUUGGGGACCUUAGACUUCAGUUUGCUCUACGACCAGGAAAACAACGCCCUUCACUGCACCAUCAAUAAAGCCAAGGGACUAAAGCCAAUGGACCAUAAUGGGCUGGCAGAUCCAUACGUCAAACUUCAUUUGCUCCCGGGAGCAAGUAAGGCAAAUAAACUCAGAACAAAAACUCUUCGGAACACCCUAAACCCCACCUGGAAUGAGACCCUCACCUACUAUGGAAUCACCGAUGAGGACAUGAUCAGGAAGACGCUAAGGAUUUCCGUCUGUGAUGAGGACAAAUUCCGCCACAAUGAGUUCAUUGGGGAGACUCGGAUCCCCUUGAAGAAACUGAAGCCCAAUCAAACCAAGACCUUUAGCAUCUGUCUGGAGAAACAGCUGCCGGUGGAUAAGACAGAAGACAAGUCCCUGGAAGAACGAGGGCGGAUCCUGAUAUCCCUCAAGUACAGCUCCCAGAAGCAAGGCCUGUUGGUGGGCAUCGUGAGGUGUGCGCAUCUGGCGGCCAUGGAUGCCAAUGGAUACUCUGACCCCUAUGUGAAGAUAUACCUGAAACCUGAUGUGGACAAGAAAUCCAAACACAAGACAGCAGUGAAGAAGAAAACUCUGAAUCCGGAAUUCAAUGAGGAAUUCUGCUAUGAGAUAAAGCACGGGGACCUGGCAAAGAAGACCCUGGAGGUUACUGUUUGGGAUUACGAUAUCGGCAAAUCGAAUGAUUUCAUCGGCGGGGUCGUGUUGGGCAUCAACGCCAAGGGCGAACGCCUGAAGCACUGGUUCGAUUGCCUGAAAAACAAGGACAAGAAAAUCGAGCGCUGGCACACGCUGACCAAUGAGCUGCCUGGGGCUGUCCUCAGUGACUGACCUCUGCCCCCCCCACACCUUCCGUGCCAGCAACAAUUCAGGGUCUGAGAUUCAUGUUUACUCAGCUGCAUCAAAAGGUUCCUGAACCACUGCGUCCGCAAAAACACCACCUCAUCUGUCCACUCUGGACACCAGCAAUGGUGCCAGGCUGGGCCGCAGAGGGAUAAAGACAUGGCCCAGGGGACCCAGGCACCAGGAGCCAGAUGUCCCCCACUGUGGGAGGCUUGAGGUGGGGCCAGGCCCCUGUGCCCCCUUCUCUCUCUGCCUCCACAGGGGCCAUAGGGGGUGGGGAAGGGGGUGGAGAGGGAGAGAGUGCCCACCUCCUGCCCUGACCCCAGUUGGCUCCAUGUAUCAGGGAGGCAGGAUUAGGCCCAGGACCAAGCCAAGCAUAAAACUAGAGCAGGUUGACCAUCAAGCCAGGGGAGAGUGCCAAGCUAAGGGGCUGGAGUUGGGUGGCUGGGCCGAACCCCGGAGCAGCAAAUGGGGCUGGGUGGAAGGCCGUGGAAAGGGACCAGCUGGGCCUCCUAGUCCCGGUGAAUGAUACAAUGAUGCAGUCACUUGCCCCCUGACAUUCCUGGGCCAGGAGUGAAAACUAGCCUGAUGCAGCAGCUGGUCUGAGAUUCCAGGAGGCCUGUAAGCCGAGAGGAGAGAGAUUUCUCCUGCUGGGUCUACUGGCCCACCUGUUCCAGCAAAGACUCAGCCAGACAUUCUGCUGGGGAGGGGAAGGGGGGGAAAGGGCGGGAGGUCUUUAAGGAGGAAUCAAGUGGGCAGUGACACCUGGUGGCCACAGGCCCACAGGGCAACCCGGAGAGAUGGGAGACCAGAAGGGAGGCACUAAGGCUCCACUGGAAAAAAGCAAACUAAACCACCCAACCACAUGCAGGUCUCCCAGCUGACCCUCCCUAGGCUUCUGAGCUGGAGAGGCUGAGCUGCUAAAGGCCGGGUGGGCUCGAGGGGAGUGGGACAGCCAACUUUCCUCUUCUCGCCCUUCCUCAGAGCGAUGCUGUCACCGCAUCAUUGUCCCCCAUUUUACAGAUGAAGAAACUGAAGCUCUCAGAAGAGACAAGGUUUGCCCAGGGUCUGAGGCAGGAUUCAAUCCCAGAGUUCCAGGAGCUAGCCACUGUGCCAAACUGUCUCUCCUCCACAUGAGGCACAGGGUUGAGUGGUAGGGGAGGUACAGGUGUGUGCUUCUUUCACUGUCAGCCAGCGUGUCCUGCACUUUUCUUGACCUGGCAGGGCACAAGGGGGGCUCUCCUCAGUCCUCCAUAAAGAGUUGAGUAUCUAAUUACCAAGGAAUGACAUGGCCCCACUGCUGCUCAGUGACAGGACUUAGAGCUGGAAGGGACCCUAGGAAUCAUCCAUGCCACCACAUGGAGGAAACCGAGGCUCAGAGAAGUGAAGAGAACUGCCUGACAUCACCCAGGAAAUAAGAGGCGGCAGAGCUCAAGUGGAAACCCACACAGCUUUUAACAGGCAGACAGAUGAAAAAGGACGCACUGCUCCAGGCCUAGAUGGAACCAUGGGGUGGUCGUUGGGUUGUUUCGGGCACAUCCCUCUCUCUGUGCCCUAUUUAGGGUUUUCUUGGCAAAGACGCUGGAGUCGUUGGCCAUUUCCCCAGCUCAUUUGAUAGAUGAAAAAACCGAGGCAGCAAGGGUAAAGUGACUUGCCCAGGGUCACCCAGCUAAGAAGUGUCUGAGGACAGAUUUGAACUCAGGAAGAUGAUUCUCCCAGAUUCCAGGCUUGGCACUCCAUGCACUAUGGUGCCCCCCAGCUGCCCCGGUCCAAUGUGGACAUCCUAUACAAGUCACAGUAAAUUAUUAAGGGUGGGGGAAUGCAAAAGCAUUUCACUGGAGUGAAGACUGAGACAAGGGGCCCUUUGGGUCCAGAGGUUUAGGAGAGGAAAGAGCGAGUGUUGCCUGAUCCUUUCUAAUCAAUCCAGGAAGGCUUAGAACGUCACAGAACCAAAGGAUGUCAGAGCUAAGAAGGGCCCUAAGAUGGCGUCAACUUCAAGCCCUUUUACAGAAGGGGAAACUGAGGCCCAUGAAGCAGAUAUGCCACUCAGUAAGUCUGAGCUGGUAUUAAUGGUGAGGCUGGGAUGGCCAGGCCUGUGUGAGGUCUCAGGCAGCAGGAUGAGAGGGGAGGGGGCAAGACUCCUGAGCCAACUGUAUGACCUUCCUUCCCCUCGUCCCUCAUCCCUACCUCCAAAAGAUUUUUUCCAUUCCCCUCCCAGCCAGGCCUUGGCAAUAGAUCUAAAUAAAUGAUAUGGGAACCAUCUAAGCUGGCAAGGGAAGGGAAAAGGCUUCCAAGUGGCUAACCUUCUUAUCCGACUUAAAGCCCCUCAGAGGUGGGCCGCUCACAGCAGACCCAGGACAUCAGGUGGGACUUCCAGGCUUGGAAUCAGAGGCUUUGCGAUGUUCCACCUGUACGAGUGACCUGGGCCUCACUUCCUCUCCUAGUCCUCAGUUUCCAAACCUAGGAAAUGAGGGAUUGCACUGAAGACUAUUUAGCUCUAAGGCCUCUGAGGGUCCUGGGCAGUGCCACGACCCCUGCUGUGUCCCUCUGCCCACCGCCUCCCCUUCCUCCUCCUCCUCCUCUCCUCCCAUGGCUUCCCUUCCCACCAGGACCUGGCAGGCAGGCCCCACCCCUGAGGAGCCAACCAAAGGUGCUACUUCCUGCAAAAACCCACUGCCUUGGGGAGAGAAGAUUCGCUUUGACGCCUCCUCCAGUCAGGCUCUUCCCAGUGCCAUGUUUCUGGUUUGGCCCAUUGAUCCUGGCAUUGUCCCUCUGUCCGUCCAUCCCAGCCUAGAUGGUGCCUGUCAGGAGAAGGUUCCCUGAGGAAAGGAUGAAGGUCGUAUCUGAACCAAACUGACCCGACAACUGAAUAAGCCACUUGGGUCAAUUUGCCAUCAGACACAAGCCAACAUUACAGCGGAAGCUGAGGCCCAGGGAGAGGAGGCAACUUGUCCAAGCUCACACAGGGAACAGACAGCAGAAAGGACAGAGGCCUCUGACUCCCCAAUCAGUGAAUCUCCCUCCUUCAGGACUUAGGGACAACAAGUAGGUGUCUCUGACAGUCCUUACCCAGCCAGUCCAGUCCUUGGGGAAGAGGGAGUCAUUCCGAUGACAUCAAGGUGUGACUUGAGAGAUGCCAUGCGGCCCCUGCUUUUUUGGGGGGAGGGGGGCUGCACCAUGACAUCAAGAAUGAGUCAAGAGGCAAGGAGUGGCUGAUGUCUCUGGAAGUCCACCUUAAAAACACUCGCCCCGCCCCCAGACUCCCCCUUCCUGCCCUCUCCCAUUAACAUACAUACCCACCUUAGGUUAAGAGCUUUUUGGCUGGCACCUUGAGGGGCACACAGAGCUAGUCCUGGGGCCAGGAGAAUGUUCUGAGUGCCAUCAGUCAACUUCCCAGCUUUACCCCUCUCUAUGGGAAAAGUCUACUCGUACGACAUAUUUCCUAGACAGAAUCUGCAGUGGCCAUCCAGCAGACUCUGGCCUUGUUUCCUCGAUUAUCAGUCAUUGGGAGUACAGGAGGCAAGACCCAGCUCAGAGGUCAUGGGACCCGGAUUCAAAUUCUGACUGAUGAUACCUUGUAGUGGCAGCCCCCGUCACAGGGUCCCGAAUGGAGAGCUGGAUGAAAGGAAACCAAAAUGGCAUCGAGUCCAACCCCUUUGUGUUACAUUUAAGUCCCUUCUCUGGACCUCAGUUUCCUCCCUUGUAAAAUGAGAGGGUUGAAACAAAUGAUCUUAGAUGUGCCUUCCAGCACUGACAUUCCCUCCAGCCCUGACAAUCCCUAAGGCAAAUCUGCAGUGAACAAAUGCAGAAACAAACGCAUCUGAGGGCGUGCGCGCGCGCACACACACACACACACACACACACACACACACACACACACACACACAUCACAGAGAAAUAACUUCCGGGUCACCCAUUUUGGAAUCGCUCAUGUUGCUGCAAUCUUUCCUCCCUUCUUCCCAAUUACUGGAGAGAAUCCGAGAGGGGCCUGCUUUCUCUGCUUGGUAUCCUGGGACUCCAUCAUCUACUUUGCCUUACCUCGUGCCCCCUGUUCUCCCCCUCCUUUUCCGUGACAUGGUUUAGUGGAUGACACUGUGUAGGACCCUCCCGGACGGCCUCCAUCCUGUCCACUCCCUGGCCUCCCUCCCUCCCCCAAACCCCACAGCUCAGCUGCCCCAUCCUCCCCUCGACCCCCAACCCAACGAGCAGAGGUGGGAAGGGCUUGUUUAUGUGCAGGGAUUGGGAAGUUUCCCAACUGCUCCUUCUAAACUCAGGAGGUUGGGAGUCUUGUCUUCGUUCUGAGGCCCCAGAGCAGUGGGUGAUGCAGGCAGUGAUUCAGGUGGAACUUCGGGCUUUCUGGUCCCUUUUCCCACAUCCUCAUUGGGAGGUGCUGUCUCCCCUUGAAGGCUCUGAGUCACAGAAUGCUGAGCCAGAGGGACAGCGAGUCCAAACUCCUUCACCGAGGGGGAAACAGAAGCCCAGAGAAGAAAAACCACUUCCCAGGACCACAGAGCUGGUUAGCAGCAGAACUAGGAGGAGAAGCUUGGGUGGCUUUGGGGUACUCCGGUCAUCUCUAAAGCCAAAUCAGCCAAGUCUAGGCUGGGACAGAGGUGGUCCCUAGCCACCCAUAAAGACAGAUGGCAGCCCAUGAAUUUCAGAGUUAAAAGGGACCUCAGAUGACCUGUAUGACUCUGGGAAAGUCACUCUACUUUAUGGGCCUCAGUUUCCUCAUUUGUAAAAUAUCGGACUAGACCUAAGGCUUUCCUUAUAUCUCUAAGUCUUAUGAUCAUAGUUGAACACCCCCCCCAUUUAACAGAUGAGAAAACCAAGGCCCAGAGAGGUGAGACGACUUGCACAUUCCACAAGUAAUAAAGGUGGAAUUUGAAUUCACAUCAUCUGACUCCAACUCCAGUACUCCUCCUGUGAUAUUACACUAAGAAAAUGGGAGUUAAGAAAGCAGGAGGAACUAUCCAAGGGGGAAGGGAGGUUCAACAGCCACUUGAAAGAGGGACUGCCCUAGGGCAGGGAAGUGGGAGGGGGAGCACAGGGGUCAGGAUGUGGGAGCCCACAGCAGGGGCAGCAGGGACAGAGGGACAGAAGAAGGGAGGGAGCCCCAAGGCUUGUCUGUGGGAGGAGAGGACCACCGCUCCCACCCCCCUGGACCCAGGCCUGCAUCAUCUCCACCCCAGGAGUCGAGGAGAAACUCAGAAAAACACCAUCGAUGCCUCAAGAGCUGACUCCUGAGCCUUGUGAGAGGCCAUCUCCCCGGCCAAUGGCCCAGACCAAAUUCUAAAUCCCAAACUGCCCAGGUCUGGGCAGAGCACCCAGCCUUGACCAUCACCCCAAACAGAAUGUCGUGCACCUCCAAAAUAUCCUACACAUUCCAAAGCCACACAGGACGAGCUGGGAUUGCCCAACAUUUUGGUUUAUCCAUUCUAGGAACGAUGCCACCUAAGUGACACUACACGAGUUACUUCAUCUCCCUGGGUCUCAGUUUCCUUUUCUGUAAAGCUGACCUCUAAGGUCCCUUCCAGCUCUAAAUAGGUCAUCUGAAGACACCUGCGCCACCGCCUUCUUCCAGUCACUGACCAAGCAUUGCCCAGUCUUCCACAACUGACCUUGAUGUCCAGCUCCAUACUUCUGGCUGGGGGGUGGGGUGGGGAGGGGGCGGGACUGUGCAGGGAGGUGUCAGGCUUCGGCCAAGGGGGACCCUGGAGAGAACGGGCCUGGGUAGGAGGAAAGGUGCAUGUCAUUUCCACCCUUUGUAACUUUUCUAACCAAGCAUAUAAACAAAUGCAUGGACUCUCACUGUUGUACCCUCAGUGUUUGAUACGGUUUUACUACAGCAUGAGGGUCGCAGAAAUUACCCCUCAACUGCCUCCCACCAAAUCGAUUUUGUACUUCGGUAUGAUCACCCCACCAGUGUCCUUUUCAGGUCUUAUUUGUUAAUGUUUAUAAUGACAUAUAAUCCAAAGUAAAAUGAA